AUGCCUCCCACCUCGACCUCGAUCGGGGCGCCCUCCCAGCCCACGCAGCCCUCGCGCAAGGGCAAGAAGGCCUGGCGCAAAAACGUCGACAUCUCCACUGUCACCGCGGGUCUCGAGACCCUCCGCGAAGAAAUCAUCCAGCAUGGGAAACCCCUGGCAGAGAAGGAGCAGAGCGAACUGUUCACGCUGGACACGACGGGCUCGAAAGAGGAGGUGCUGCGACAGGCCAGAGCGGUGGGGAAUACUCACAAAGGCCGUACUUUGAAGAUGGAUGAGAUCCUGGGCCGGAGGAGCGCUGUGCCUGCACUGGAACAUCUCAAGAGCAACAAGAGGGUGAGGGCUGCUGCUGUAACGGACGGUGUGCUCGAGCCGUCCAGCAAGAGGCAGAAGAAGGACUGGGUGAGCAAGAAGGAAGUGGCUCGGCUACGGAGCAAUCUGGACAAGAUAUCGCAUCUCGACGUGGAGAACAUCGACAAUGCCGCCUCGUCUUUCGACCUCUGGGCCGACAACAACGCCUCCGACACCCUUCAAGCCUCACCCGCAGCUGGUGCGACUGGCGCUACGUCCCUCAUAACCGCACCGAGAGAAAACGAAUACGUCCCGAAACCCCGCGUCAAAGUUGCUCCCCCUUCCAUCCGCCGCCCACCUGUCGCUCUGACGGCGACGGGGGUGCCCACGCAGGCGGUGCCGGCGCCCGAUGCGGGACAGAGCUACAACCCUUCCUUCGAGGACUGGGACUCGCUGCUUACGCGCGAAGGCGAGAAGGAAGUCCAGGCUGAGCAGCGCCGGCUCCGGGAGGCCCAGAUCGCGGCGGAGAAACAGGCACGGAUCGAUGCGCUCGCCAGUCAGCCCGACCCGAGGCCCGAGGACAACCAGGAAAGCGAGUGGGAAGGGUUCGAGACGGAGGAUGAUGACGAGGCCAGCGCACGGGAACUAUUGAAGAGGAAGCGACCCGAGAGGAAAACGCCCGCUCAGCGGAACAAGAUCAAACGCCGCAAAGAGGCCGAACGGCUGGCCAAACACCAGGCGAGGAUGGCGGAGCGGCAGAGAAGAGGCGAAGAGAUCGUGCAGGCCCUGCUAGAGCGACAGGAACAACAGGAACAACAAAAAAGCGAUGAUGGAGUCGUCCACGCGGACCCUUCCCCUGAUAACACCCAGCAGCCCUCUGAUCUCUCGUCCUCCACCGCGACGAGCGGAGCAGCAGCGACAGUCCUCCGCCGCAAACCCACCCUGGGCCCGGCGCGCGCCUCCAUCCCGCCCGCACCGCUCGAACUCGUUCUGCCGGACGAGCUUCAAGACUCGCUGCGCCGGCUGCGGCCCGAGGGCAACCUGCUGUCCGAGCGGUUCCGCACCAUCCUGGUCAACGGCAAGCUGGAGGCGCGCAAGCCCGUGUCCCGCGCCGCGAGCAGGAAGAGGAGGGUCAAGGUCACGGAGAAGUGGUGGGCCAAGGACUUUGCCCUGCGCGUGUGA